AUGUAUUAUAAUACUAUAAUAUGUAUUUUUUUAUUUUCUAAUUUUUUCUAUAUCUUUGGACAAAAUAUAAAUGAUCCUGAUUAUUAUCCACCACAAAUUGAUCAUAACACUGAUCCUAUAAGAAGAUACUUAAAAUUAUGGAGUGGUAUUUUAAGAAAUGUUGCCGGAGAUACUGAACAACCAAAUUAUUAUCCACAAAAUAAUUAUGUUAGAGAUUAUCAACAAAAUUCUUAUCAAAAAACAUACAAUGAUUACAAUCAAAAACCUUUUGAAAAUUUACUUCAAAUGUGGAAAAAUAAAAUUGAAGAAAUAACAUUAGCACCAAAAGUUUAUACUGAUGGAAUUCCAUUAAAUCAAUUGAAACCUAAUACAAAUAAUGUCAAUAAUGAUGCACAAGAUUUUUCCCAAUCAUUUCCUGAUAUAAAAAAUAAUAAUAAUGACAAAGAAAUUAUUAAUGAAAUGUUACUUCAUAAAUUAUUACCUAGAAAUAAAGGUGAUAUGUAUGCAUUUACAUCAACAACAUUAAAACCUUCACCUACUACUACAACAAAUGAAGUGGUAACAAAAAAAAUAAAAAAGAAAAUUCAUAAGAAAUUAAAGAAAAAAAAUACUACUAAGAUAAUUGUUGAUUCAACAUUACCACCAAAUGACAAUAAUAUUGGUAAAGAUUAUAAAGUUAAAGUUAAAAUUGGGCCUACAGGAAAUGCUGAGGAAACAACAACUGUACCUACCACAGAAGUUUCAACAUUAAAAAUUGAAGUAGAAGGUAGUGGAGAAGAAAUAAAUAAUAAAGAAGAUGAAAAAUUUACCACUCUUGCAAUUGAUAGUGAUGAAGAUGACACCUCUGAGGCAGAAGAAGUUCAUUUAAAUGAAAAUAAUAUAAACAAAGAUAAAGUAAAUAAUAAUAAAAAUUUAAAUAACACAACUAGUGAUGUAGUAAACAAUAAUAAAAUUUCAAAAAAUAGCAAUAUUACAGAAGUAGAGGAAAAAAGUAGUAAAACAAAUGAUAAGGAUAAUGAUAUUUCUGAAUAUGUAGAGGAGUAUAGUGAUGAAGAAAAUGUUACUGAAAGUCAAAAUUUAAAAAAAAGUAACGAUUUAGAAAGUACUACUAUUGCAAGUAAGAUUAAAGAAGAUUAUAAUGUUACUGAGUAUUCAGAGGAAGAGGAUGGAGAUGAUGAUGAUGACGAUGAUGAAGAAGAAGAAGAAGAAGUACCAACAACAGUACAAUCAACAACAACAACAACAACUACAACCACAACUGUAGCAACAACUACUACAACAAAAAAAAAUAAAAAAAAUGAUAAACAUCCUAAGAAGGAAAAAGUUUCUAUCAAAGAAAAAAUGAAUAAGAAUAAUAAAAACAAUAAGAAAAAAAUAAAUGUUGAAAAGGAGGAAAAAUAUACAAUACCUGAAGCUGAGGAGGAAGAAGAUUUUUUGCUUCCAAAACACUCAUAUGCAUCUCAGAUUGACUCACUUCCAGAUGUAGAAUCAUCAUCAACAACCACAAAAUCUCCAGUACAAGGGCAAUCGGUGUAUAACUUCUACACAAAUGCUAAUGCUAAUUCAACACCUAAUAAUUCAAAUACAGUAGUUCCUGUUAAUACUAUGGUAGAUGGAAUAUUGCCAUUAUUAAUUCCUCUUCUUGCCUCAAGAACACCAUAUUUACAAAAUAUUUUUGAUAAUUUAGCUUCUGGUGUUAAAACAGAUAAUAAUUUAACACCAGUUAAAAAUGAAAAUUUAAUUUCAAUGGCAAAAAAUAAUAAAGAUAAUAAUAUUGAAGGUGAUAGAUAUUUAUUAAGUCAAGUAGAUGAAAAACCAACACAUACAAAAGAAGAUUUAAAGUUGAUCAAUAAGAAAAGAACACUUGAUUAUAUUUCAUCAGUUGUACCAAAACAAGUCUCAGAUACAAUUAACAAAAAUAAUAUACAAUAUUUUAAAACAAAACUUCCAGAAAAUAAUUCAAAUCUAGAUCACAUUCCUAUAAGACCAAACAAAUUAUAA